AUUUAAAAUAAUCUUUCUAGUAUACAAAAUUUUUAAAACAAAAAUUCUUAUUGAGAAUUAUUUCAAUUGAUUACAUUGAACAUUUUUUAUUGAAAAUAAUAAUUUGUUUUAAAGAAACAAAUACCAUUAUACACAAUUGUACAUAAUUCAAAAAAGGGUCAAUUUUUGCACAAUCUAAUUGAAGUAUAUAUAUCAUUCUGCAUGAAAAUUAAAAAUAAAAGACCAUAUGAUUAAUUCAGGUCGACAACAGGAUAAUCAGAAAAUCGAAGAAGCGUAAGAGGAAAGCAGAAUGAAUAGGCAAAGAGUUAAGCUGAUUCCAGAUAGUUGUUUACGAUUACACUCCAAUCAGAAAAGAAUUCAUCAAAUGAACUGAGAUAAAAAGCGUCAAAACAAUGCUAAAUACAGAUUGGACGGAGAUAGAAGUAAUCGAAUUGAUAGUUGAUAAUGCAACACAUCUUGGAUUUGGUAUGUGUGGAAGUAAGAGCACCGGCGUAAUCGUUAGAUGCAUUACACCUGGUGGAGCGGCUGAACUGGACGGUCGUCUUCGACUUGGUGACCAUAUUGUCUGCAUUCGUGAUCAUAAUGUUCGAAGUUAUGGACCAGAUCAAGUAGCUACAGUUCUACGCCAAGCUAUAUCAAAUUGUCUAUCUGAAGUUGUAUUAAAACAAGAUUCUCUGCAGACGGGUGAAACAUCCACAAAAACUAUGGAUAGAAAAACUUCACUUAUCAGAACGCAGCCGUUAACAAACAGAACUUCAUCAACUUUUACUAAUACUAUUAAUAUACGAUCGGAAAAAUAUACUUUAUCCCCUAGCCAAAUAGAUUCAAAUCAAAUUGAGUCUAAUGAAAUUCACGAGACCAAUCAAAAACUAAUGGGCGACCCAACAGUUUUAAUUCGAAUGAUUGUAGCUCGUCCAGCUAAUGGUAAUCCUGUUGAUUUGAAUACUAUCAGUUUAAAACAACAAGCUGUUUGCCAUCAACAUGGUGUUCUUGGAAUGCUAACGAUUAUACCAACGCAUCAAAUAGAUCAAUAUAUAGAUGUAUUACUACACAAGAAACCCCCACUUGUUGAUUUGUACAGUCUAUACAAAACAGAUCUAUUGAACAUCGAAAACAAUACUAAUAUUUAUAAAAAAAUAAAUUCAAAUGAAGUUGAAUGUUUUGAAUUAUCAAAGUCAAUCGACUAUAAUGAAAGUGAUUUGAUAGAGAUGAAUAAAAUCAUUGAAUCUUCUCCAACUUCAUCAAAACAACAAGAACAAUAUGAUCUUGAUUUUCAGCAAUUUCGAGAGGUGAAACCGUGCUCGACACUUCAGGUUAUAACAAGUCCUCAAAAUUGCUCAGAAUCUGAUAUUGAAGAGGUUCACAAUAAUCUACCAAGUCGAGUUAUUGAAAAUGUUCGCUUAGAUAAUAAAUAUAAUGAAAAUUUAAAAAUUGAUUGCAACACAACAUUAAAUUAUCAAAACUACUCCAUUGAUCAUCCUAUCUCAUCUUCUUUCAAUGAACAUGUUCUUGAGAAUAUAAGUCAACAAGGCUUAUCAAUUCAUAUUAAUAAUAAACAAGAAAAUGGCGAUGAAGAGGCAGAAAAAACUGAAAUUCACACUGUACAAUUAACAAAAUCAAAGGAUCAAGGCUUAGGUCUAAGUGUAGUUGGAUAUAUUUAUAAAAAUCCAUAUGAUAAAAAUGCAUACAAUAAAGGAAUUUUUGUACAAAAGAUCACUCCCAACAGUAUAUCGGAUAAAUCAAAAUCAAUUCAAGUAAAUGAUCAAAUAAUUCAAGUAAAUGAAAUAUCUCUAAGUGGUCUAGAUAACAUAAAGGCCAUUUCAGUUUUGAAGAAGUCUGAUGCAAAUAUCACACUAAAAUUGAAACGCUACCUUUGUGGUUUCCUUUGUAAAGAACUAAAAAAAGCGGGUUCUUUCCAAAUGAGCAAUAAUGAACCACAAAAUCGAUUGGUAAAUCAUGAUGAAAUUUCAGACUCUGAUCUAAAUUCAGAUCAACCAUACUCAGUAGACAAUAAUGUAUUGAAGUAUAAUGUAAUCAACAGUGAAGCAAGUGACUCAUCAAAUCAAUCAGGGGUUAGUAUGUUAUAUCAACACGAGAAUUAUCCAUUAAAUAAUACUAAUUUUGACCAAUCAAAUACAUUACACAUGGAAUUAAUAGAAGAAUUCAUCGAUUCAUCAUGUACGUGUUUACAUGGUUAUGAAAGUAUAUUUUCAGAAGAAAAGAAAGUUAAGGAAAUGGUGUCACCACUGGAGAAUAAUAAAAAUAAUCUUGAUCAAUUAAGUCCAGUGGCUUUUUCUGACCAAUCAUUAAUUAAUAAAAAUUGUAAAUUAUUAAAUUUAGCAAAUGUUAACUUAGCUGAUAAUAUAGAAUCAUUUAAACAACAAACACCCGUAACAAUGAUGGCAACCACAAUAAUAAAUAAACAGGAAUAUCAAGAUGUGAGUACCGAGCAAAAAGGUGAAGAAUUCACCAAACUUAUCUGUGGUGUUGGAAAUAAUGGGAUGUUGGUAAUCAGUAGGUUCACACCUAAUUUCGGCAUUGAAACUACAUCUCAAGCAGAAACAAGCGAAAAUACAACAUCUAGAAAUAUCAGUGAUGCUUUGAUUCAAAUCAAUAAUAAUAAUAAUAAUAAUAAUAAUAAUACAGCCAUCGGAUCUAAAGAAAUAAUUGAUCAAAAUCGUCUUGGGAAAACAGAUCACAUCAAUUCAUCAAAUGAGGAACAAAUUAAAAUAAGUAAGUUUAGUGGGACUACUUUUGUGUUCCUUCCUAUAAAUAUUUUUUUCUGUGAAUUAUGGUAUUCAAGUGAAUUUUUAUCCAUAUUGAUGUCAAUUGAUUGUUCUAAAAUUGUCAACAUCACCAUUAGAAGAUAUUUUUAUUCACAAACUGGUGUUAUCUGGAAAAUAGUCAAAAAUCGGCUAUUUGACGGUGACAAAUUAGUCACGAAAUAACUACUCUCUGUAAUUCCAUAAUUCUUUAGUUGAUACCAUUUCCAGUCUAAAACUAACUUCAAAUUGAUCUACUCUGUCAAAGAAAUACUCACUUGACAAUGAGAAUAUAACGAAACAAGUAUAUAGACUAAUUAAAUAAUGAGC